AAAUACUCUCCCGCCUUUCUUUUCUCAUUCUUUUCAUCUCAUAUACCCUUCAAAAACACAGAAUUUCACAAUGUCUCAAGGAAAGACUUUCACUCUCAGCACCGGCGCCAAGAUCCCUCUUCUGGGAUACGGCACAUGGCAAGCUUCCCCCGGUGAGGUCGGUCAGGGAGUCUACGAGGCCCUCAAGGUCGGAUACCGACACUUGGAUCUCGCCAAGGUCUAUGGAAACCAGCCUGAGAUCGCAGAGGCCUUGAAGAAGUCCUUUGCUGAGAUCCCUGGCCUGAAGCGCGAGGAUGUUUUCAUUACCUCUAAGCUCUGGAACUCUCAGCACGACCCUAAGCAGGUUGAGGCUGCUCUGGAUGACUGUCUGCAGGAGCUUGGUCUUGACUACCUUGAUCUGUACCUUAUCCACUUCCCCGUUUCUUUCAAGAACUCGGGUGCUCCUAUUGGCCAGGAUCUGUUCCCUCUCACUGGAGGAAACCAGCCCGAUGGUGACGUCGUCAUCGAUGACAGCAUCUCUAUUGUCGACACAUGGAAGGCCGUCACCGAGCUUCCCAAGUCCAAGGCCCGCGCUGUCGGUGUUUCCAACCAUACCAAGGAGCACCUCGAGGCGAUUAUCAAGGGCACUGGAGUCGUCCCUGCUGUCAACCAGAUUGAGCGCCACCCUCUCUUGAUCCAGAAGGAUCUCAUUGACUACUGCAAGGAGAAGAACAUCCACGUCACCGCCUACUCUGCUUUCGGUAACAACAUGGUCAACGCUCCCCUCCUCUUCACCUACCCCGAGAUCAAGGCCGUCGCCGAGCGAUUGACGAAGGAGAAGGGUCAACCCGUCUCCCCCACCCAAGUCCUUCUCGCCUGGGCUCAGGUUGGUGGCCACAGCGUCAUCCCCAAGUCUGUCACACCUAAGCGUAUUGCCGAGAACUUCCAGGAGAUCGACUUGUCCGAGGACGAUAUCCGCGAGAUUGAGCAGGUUGGCAAGGAGCAGCGCCGAUACAACGUUCCUUACGUCGCUAACAAGCCUCGAUGGGACGUAAACAUCUUCGGCCACGAGGAUGAGAAGCCUGCUACCCACCAGGUCAUCAUUUAGACAAAAGUAAAAGUAGAUAUAGAAACGAUUGGCUUGUUUUCUCCUA